UGCACAACUUCCCAAGUUAGCAAUUUAGGCAAGGGAAGCAACCCCCAAAAGUUCCUAAAGUGAGGAAGGGGGUAAUAAUUCAAACGCAUUUAAACAAACAAACAUUCGUAAAAAUAAAUGCACGUCAAUGCUAAACUGACGGACUCUUUCAUAAGUCUCAACAGUGCACGCUUGUAACGAUCAAUGGACUUCCCACAGCUACCCCCUCACUCCGGGUCAGUGUUGUCUGUAGUGGACAUGCACACAGGCGGCGAGCCCUUGCGCGUUAUCCUCAGCGGGUAUCCAGAAGUUAAAGGGGACACUAUCCUCGCCAAACGUCGCUAUGCGCGAGAGCACCUCGAUCACCUCCGCAAAGUGUUAAUGUUUGAGCCCCGUGGUCACUAUGAUAUGUAUGGAGCGCUGUUGGUCAGCAGUGAGUUACCUGAAGCUGACCUCGGGGUUUUGUUCAUGCACAAUGAAGGCUACAGCACUAUGUGCGGUCACGCUGUCAUUGCGCUCGGGCGCUUCGCUGUUGAUUAUGGCUUGAUCAAAGCGCCCACUCCACCGGAGACUCAGAUCAACAUACACUGUCCCUGCGGUUUAGUCAAAGCUUUCGCUCAGUGUUCAGAUGGCAAAACUGGGGCUGUCAGAUUCCACAGUGUACCUGCCUUUGCGUUUGCUACAGAUGUCAGUGUCUCUGUACCUGGAUAUGGGGCCAUCACUGUGGAUAUAAGCUAUGGCGGAGCUCUUUAUGCUUUUGUGAGUGCUGACAAGUUCAGAUUGGAUGUCAGCAAGUCCAAAACCAGAGAUUUGGUGGAUGCUGCAACUGCAGUGACAAAAGCUGUGAAAUCCCAGGUAAAGCUGUCCCACCCAGUGAGUGAAGAUUUGGCCUUCCUCUAUGGUACAAUCCUUACUGAUGACAAAGAUGUUUACUCUGAAGAACCCACUGCCAAUGUGUGUGUGUUUGCUGAUGCACAGGUUGAUAGAAGUCCAACCGGGUCAGGCGUUACCGCUCGCAUAGCUCUUCAGUAUCAUAAAGGCUUGAUCGGACUGAACCAGACCAGAAGCUUCCAGAGCGGUGCUACAGGAUCAGUAUUUACAGGAAAAGCAAUAGAGGAGACCACAUGUGGGGAUUACAGGGCUGUGGUAGUGGAGGUCGCAGGUCACGCUCACUACAGCGGUGUAGCCAGCUUCACCCAAGAGAGCGAUGACACCCUGAGUGGAGGUUUUCUGCUGCGCUAAAUCAGUUCAUUAAGAGGUUACCAGCCUAGAUUUCUGCAUGAUCGCAGAUACAGUGCAGGACCACCAUCCCAAGUCUCAUAGGAGUAAAUUCAAGGGUCUACAGUUAAAUGAUUAAAUAUGUAACAAUCUAAUAAUUGCAAUAAAAACUUUAGCUACAGUUAUAAAUAGAAAUCAAAAUUUCAGCUACAUAUUGACCGUUCGCAAUAAAUUGUUUUAAGCAAAAUUGAAAUGCAAUAUUCUGUGAAGUGUGAUUGUGUAAAUAAUCAAUAUUGACUUGAUUUUACAAUGUAAGCACGUUUGUACAAAGACGUUAAUAUUUUAAUAUGUACUAUGUGCGUGUUAUAAACUUGACCUAAAAUGUAACACUACAGUUUUAUACAGUAUUUCACAGGGGGUCAUAUCAAGACUUAUUUGGUCUAAAUAGGGUCUAAGACCCCUGGUUUAAUGAAUAAUAAAUCAAGAAAUAUGUGGUGUAAAUUUGUGGUAAUUUAAAGGGAUAGUUCUCCCAAAAAAUGGAAAUUCUGUCAUCAUUCACUCACCCUCAUGUCAUUGUAAACCUGUAUGGCUUGCUUUCUGCAGAACACAAAACAAGAUAUUUUGAAGAACGUUGAUAACCAAACAACACUGUACCCCAUUGACUUUUAUUGUAUGGGCACAAUACCGCUGAGAUAUUUCUCAAAAUUUCUUUUAUGUUCCACAGAAGUAAGUGAAGUGACGAUUUUGAAUAACAUGAGGGUGAAUAAAUGACGAUGGAAUAUUUAUUUUUGGGUGAACUGUCCCUUUAUCUGAAACAUAAUAACAUUGUUCACAGCUUUCCUGUGGACAAAUUUAUGUCCACAGGACAUAAUUAUUUCCAGAAACAAAUUUAUAAUGCAAUGCAAGUCGCUUUGAAUGAAGGCGUCUGCCAAAUGCAUAAAUGUUCAUUUUGCUGUGCUAUUGGAAUGUGUGAUUGACCACCAGGGGGCAUCAUCUUACUACGUUUGGUUCAUAAAACGUCUGCAUGUACUGUAUGGACACAUGCUUUUAAUAAAACAUUUGUUUAUCAUGUUAGUAACAUAAUCAUCAAAUAAGAGUUAUUUAAAUCAGCGCGUUUGACCACAAAAAAAUGAAGGCAAAAACAGAAGCAAAAAUUACUUUAAACUCUUCCAUUUAUUCUGUUAAGAUUCCUCUUCCAAUGGAAGGCUGUAUUUUUCUUAAAUUAGAAAAGUCCAAUCGAGGUAUUUUACACUGAAAAGGAAACUCUGUCACACCAUACAACUAGUUUGCAGAUUAAAAAAGCCUGGAGGGACUCUAGACAGAAAGGAAGAACAAGAUGGGAAGUAUUGCCUUGAUUCAGUUACUUGCAGAUCACUUUAAAUACGACUAUAUUUCACGUGAAAAGUCCUCAAACAGACCAGCACUUGACAUCAGAAACUGCAUAGAAUCUGUACAAUGACCGUCCACAGUGUUUAAGACAACACGGCGCCCCAGUGGCCCCUAAAAACCUUGAAGUCAUUUCCAAAUCGCUUGUACGGAUAUAACAAACACAGUCAUCUUCUAGAAUGCAUUUUCUGUAAUAACCUACCCACAGACCUGGUUCUUAAUGUCAGUAAAAUAUGAAUGUCAGUAAAAUAAUGUGUAUUUUUAGGACCCUUGUAGAAGGGCUACUCCAAAAGUUGUGCAGUCGCAUUACAAGUUUUCAGUGACAUAUUUACAAAGGUUUAACAUAUUUCCACUUGACAUUAUGUAAGGAAUAAUUGAGGACGGGGCAUUCAAUUAUUCUAAAGUUAAUGCACACCGCCGUGGCCUCGGGUGUGCAUUAACUUUCGAAUAAUUGAACGUGCCGGAGUUAAUUAUUCUGCUUAUACCACGGUUACCACACCACAGGACAUUGUUUAAAUGUUUAAUUUCAACGUUUGUCAUGUUAUCGUCUUUAAAAUGCGGUUUAAAAACAAAUAAAAAAAUGGCCUUACUGUUUUAAAACGUUUUAAAAUCACUAAACACUUGUAUUUACUACAUAUGCCUGCUAAGAUUAAAAAAACGUGACAGAAAAUUGUAAACUGUUAAUUGCGUUUGCGUUUAUUCAAAUAACAGACGUUGACCGACGCAAAGAAUUGUGGGUUAUCUCUAGCAACGACGGAUAUCGCUGCGUUCCGUUCAGAAGUGAUCAUCCCUACGCCCUACUCCCUUUGAAGAGUAAAGCCCUUGAUGUGUAAAACUCUAGAGGGAAAAACGCAAUUGUAUCUCUUAAUGUGUGCGUUUGAAAUUCACUUGGAUAAAGGAGGAAUAAAAACAACGUAAUUUUCUCUUUAUUUGGAGCGACGUUUUAUGUGGUGUCCCCUUCCAGAAGGGCCCUUCGGAGGGCGAUAUAUCCCGUUUGGAAUGCACCG